AUGGCGUCGAUGGAGUCCAUUCUGGACUUUAGCCAGGAUCUAGAUCUCGUCCUGCUAGACAACAUCGUGGCGGCCAUGUACACGGGUGCGGGCGCCGAUCAGCGCAUGGCGCAGCAAGUGCUGGCGCAGUUCCAGGAGCACCCGGAUGCAUGGCAGCGCGUGCCUGUGAUUAUGCAGCAGAGCACGAACUCACAAACCAAGUAUAUCGCUCUUCAGAUCCUAGAUAAGCUCAUCGCGACGCGCUGGAAGGUGCUGCCCGUCGACCAGCAGCAGGGCAUCCGCAACUUUAUCGUCGAGCUGAUCGUGGUCAUGUCGUCGGAAGAGUCCAACCUGCGCAGCGAGCGCACCCUGCUCGGCAAGCUCGACACGACACUCAUCCAGAUCCUCAAGCAGGAGUGGCCCCACAACUGGCCCAACUUCAUCCCCGAGAUCGUGUCGUCGUCGCGCGGCUCCCUCGCGAUCUGCGAAAACAACAUGGCCAUCUUGCGCCUCCUGUCCGAAGAAGUGUUUGACUUCUCCGCCGAACAAAUGACCCAGGCCAAGGCGCGCAACCUCAAGAACCAGUUCUGUGGCGAAUUCGGCGAGGUGUUCCAGCUGUGCACCGAAGUGCUCGAAAAGGCCAACAAGCCAUCGCUGAUCAAGGCGACACUCGAGACCAUGCUCCGCUUCCUCAACUGGAUCCCCCUGGGCUUUAUUUUUGAAACGAACGUCGUCGACAGCCUCAUCACGCGCUUCCUCGAGGUACCCGAUUUUCGUAACGUCACGCUCAAGUGCCUCUCGGAGAUCGUCAAUCUGAAUGUCGGUGCCGAGUACGACCCCAAGUUCGUCAUUCUCUUCAACAUGGUCAUGACAUCCAUCAACCGCAUGAUCCCGCCGUCGACGGACAUUGCCGGCGUGUACGAGACGUCGACGGACGAAGACCAGGAACUGGUCCUCAACCUCGCCCUGUUCCUCAGCAACUUUUUGAUCUCGCACGUCCGCCUGCUCGAGAACGCCGAGAACCAAGAAGUGCUGCUCAAUGCACACUUGUACCUGAUCAAGGUGUCGCAGGUCCCCGAGCGUGAGGUGUUCAAGAUCUGCCUCGAAUACUGGUCCAAGCUCGUGAGUGAGCUGUACGAAGAGUACCAGCAGUUCCCCAUGGGCGAUGCGGGCUCGGUAUGGGGCCUGAACCUCGGUGGCGCUCAGGCCAUGCAGCGCUCAGCCAUGGGCCGCAAAGCCUUCUACGUCAAGAUCCUCUCCAAUCUGCGUCUGGUGAUGAUUGAGCGCAUGGUCAAGCCAGAAGAAGUGCUGGUCGUCGAGAACGACGAAGGCGAGAUUGUACGCGAGUUUCUCAAGGAGUCUGACACGAUUGUGCUCUACAAGGCCAUGCGCGAGGUGCUCGUGUACCUGACGCAUCUGGACGUGCUGGACACGGAAAAUAUCAUGACGGAGAAGCUCGCCAGGCAGGUCGACGGCACCGAGUGGUCGUGGGCGAAUCUCAACACACUGUGCUGGGCCAUUGGUUCGAUCUCAGGAGCGAUGAACGAGGAGACAGAGAAGCGCUUCCUCGUGACCGUCAUCAAGGAUCUGCUCGGCCUGUGUGAGAUGAAGCGGGGCAAGGACAACAAGGCGGUCGUGGCAUCGAACAUCAUGUACAUCGUCGGUCAGUACCCCCGCUUCCUCAAGGCGCACUGGAAGUUCCUCAAGACUGUCGUAAACAAGAACUUUGAGUUUAUGCACGAGACGCACGAAGGUGUGCAGGACAUGGCGUGUGACACAUUCUCCAAGAUCGCCCAGAAAUGUCGCCGCCACUUUGUGAUGCAGCAGGCGGGUGAGCAGGAGCCGUUUAUUGAUGAGAUCCUGCGCAACCUCCUCCAGAUCACGGUCGACCUAUCGCCUCAGCAGGUGCACACGUUCUACGAGGCCGUCGGCUACAUGAUUGCCGCGCAGCCGCACCGUGCUACGCAGGAGAGGCUCGUGGCGAAGCUCAUGGAGCUGCCGAGCAACGCCUGGGACAACCUCAUGAAGCAGGCGCACAGCAACGUGGAUGUGCUGAGUAACCCGGACAACAUCAAAGUUCUGUCCAACGUGCUCAAGACGAACGUGUCGGCAUGCUCCUCCAUUGGCCCAUUCUUCCUGCCGCAGAUCGCACGUAUAUACCUCGAUAUGCUGGCGCUGUACCGCAGUGUGAGCGGCAUUAUCAGUGCCAAGGUGGAAGCCGAGGGCCUGAUUGCCACCAAGACGCCGAUGGUGCGUGGUCUUCGCGCCAUCAAGAAGGAUAUCCUGCGUUUGGUCGAUACGUACAUCCGGCGUGCGGACGACCUCGAGGGCGUCAACGCCAACCUGAUCCCGUCGCUGCUCGAUGCCAUCUUGGGCGACUACCACAACAAUAUCCCAGCAGCACGCGAUGCUGAAGUGCUCAAUGUGAUGGCGACGAUCACGACGCGACUGGGUGCGCUGCUGACGGACAAGAUUGCGCCGAUCCUCGAUGCCGUGUUUGAGCCGACACUCAACAUGAUCAACCAGGACUUUGCCGAGUACCCCGAGCACCGUGUCGGCUUCUUCAAGCUGCUGCGUGCCAUCAACCUGCACUGCUUCUCGGCGCUGCUCGAGCUGCCGCCAGCCAAGUUCAAGCUGACGGUCGACUCGAUUAUCUGGGCCAUCAAGCACACCAUGCGCGACAUUGCCGACACGGGUCUGCACAUCUGCCUCGAGCUGCUUAACAACAUUGCGAACACGGACCCCAUGAUCGCCGGCGCCUUUUUCCAGCAGUACCUGCUCAACAUUUUGCAAGAUAUCUUCUACGUAUUGACCGAUACGGACCACAAGAGCGGGUUCAAGACGCAGUGCCUGCUGCUUGCGCGCAUUUUCGAGCUGAUCGAGACAGACAAGGUUGUCGUGCCGCUGUGGGACCCCGCACAGGUGCCUGACCCUGCCAUGAACAACCGCCUGUUCAUCCGCCAGUACACGGCCAACUUGCUGCGCGUCGCCUUCCCGCACGUUCAGCCGCAGUACAUUGACCAAUUCGUGAGUGGCCUGUGCGCUCUGUCAUCCGACCUCGUGCAGUACAAGGUGCAUCUGCGCGACUUUUUGAUCACGUCGCGCGAAGUCGCAGGCGGCUCGGACAACUCGGAUUUGUUCCUCGAGGACAAGGAGGCCGAGGCGCGGAACCGCUUGGCGCUCGAGCGCGAGAACGCUGCCAAGAUCCCUGGUAUGCUCAAACCCUCGCAAAUUGUGGAGGAGGACGAAGAGCUCUGA